AGAGAGAGAGAGAGAGAGAGAGUCUCUCUCUGAAUGGCUGAACCUACAAAUUAAACAGAACUUUUAGUUUCAUGUUUCUCAAAACAAGGCUAUACCCAUCUACAUAAAGAAGCAAUAUUACAGGGACUUCAUCACUUCGUGGGAUUUUUAUUGAACAAGUAGCCAGUUUUGGAUAAUGAUGAUUUGCGUUAAUUUUUUUUCAUUAUUUGAGAUGACAGGGAUUCGGAGUCGUUGAUCAAUUACAUUGUAUAUGUCUAUAUUUAGAGCUUUUAACAAAAUCACGUAGCAGUGUCUUAUCAGCGGCGAUGUAGUGUCAAUUGCAUUCUACGAGGAAAGUUUUGGUUUGUAAAAGUCGAUUAUAACGUUUUACCCGAUAAGCGUAAAGGAGGCGGGUAUUAAAGGAAGAAAGCAAGGAACGAAGAAAAGCUUUGUAGCCUAGCAAGCCAUCCUGUGAGGAAACUGAGCGGAGGAGGAGAUGUACAUAUUCUGGGUAACUCUCUUUCUGAUAGAGGAAGGCUUUGCAUUGGCACAGAAAACCAAAGACUCUCAGAAUGUGGGUAAGAUUUCCCAGAAUGCCCGGCAGUGUGGCACCUGGAUCAGAAACAUCAACGGGGGGCAGUUCAGCUCUCCAAACUACCCUAAAAUCUACCCUCCCAACAAGGAGUGCCUCUACAUACUGGAAGCCCUGCCCCGUCAGAGGAUUGAGCUUCUGUUUGAUGACAUCUUUUACAUUGAGCCAUCCUUUGAGUGUCGUUUUGACCACAUCGAGGUGAGAGAUGGUCCGUUCAGUUUCUCUCCUCUGAUCAACCGCUUCUGUGGCUCCUCCAGCCCAGGCCUGGUGCUCUCCAGCGGACGGUUCAUCUGGAUCCGCUUCUCUAGUGAUGAGGAGCUGGAGGGACUGGGCUUCAGGGUCCAGUACACCUUUACCGCAGACCCAGAGUUUCACCUCCACGUGGGAGGAAUAUUAAAUCCCAUUCCAGACUGUCAGUUUGAGCUAAGUGGAGCUGAUGGUAUGAUCCGGUCCGGUCAGGUGGAGGAGGAGGACAAAGUCAAACCUGACCAGGCGGUCGACUGUAUCUGGACCAUACGAGCUCCGCCCAACUUCAAGAUCUACCUGCGGUUUCUGGAGUAUCAGCUGGAGAAUUCGAACGAGUGUAAGAAGAACUUUGUGGCUGUGUACGACGGCAGCAGUGCCAUAGAGGACCUCAAGGCCAAGUUCUGCAGUACCGUGGCCACUGACGUAAUGCUUGACAACGGGGUGGGCGUGGUCAGGAUGUGGGCCGACGAAGGCAGCAGACUCAGCCGCUUUCGGAUGCUCUUCACGUCUUUCGCAGACCCCCCGUGUUCAGGUGACAUGUUUUUCUGUCACAGUAGCAUGUGCAUCAACAACUCUCUGGUGUGUAACGGGGUGCAGAACUGUGUCUUUCCCUGGGACGAGAGCAACUGUAAAGAGAAGAAGCCAAAAGGUAUAUUCCAUCACAUUACUAAGACCCAUGGGACAAUUAUAGGUGUGUCUACAGGACUCGUCCUCCUCCUCCUCGUCAUCUCCAUACUGGUGCAGGUCAAACAGCCACGCAAGAAGGUGGUGGCGCGGAAGAGUGCCCUUUUCAAUCGAGCGGACUUCAAGGAAGUGUUUGAACCUCCGCACUACGAACUCUUCUCACUCAGAGAGAAGGAGUUGUCUACGGACAUAGACCUACCAGAAGAACUCCAGUCUCUCAACGCUCUGAGACGUUCCUCCAGCACUUCCCGCUGCAUCCAUGAGCACCACUGUGGCUCCCAGGCCUCCGCCAACCCCAGCCGACGUGCUUCCUCUGUGGGCAUAGGAUCCAUGGAGCUUCCUCCCUUCCGGUGCGAGUUCACCCAGGGUCAGCCAGGCUCCCUACCCUCUCUGAGAGGCGUCAACAGCAGCCUGAGGAAGAAGAGCUGGCCUAGUAUGAAACAGGUAGGACUGGUGGGAGGCGAGGGCCUGGUGGACCGGGUAAGGGGGAGGGAGGAUAGGGUGAUGGAAGAGGAGGAAGAAGAGGAGGUGGAAGGAGGGAAGUGUGAUGUGUAUGUACGCAGAGGGAUGAGCAUGAGAUCCAUCUGUGAGAUGUCUCAGCAGAGAUCGAUGUCCAUGGACUUCUGAGAGAGAAUGAGGAAAGGAGGAAGGGGACAGAAAGGAGGAUGUGGUGGAGGAAGGAGAGAACAUUUGUGAUAGAAAAACAAUCAGUAUCGCUUGACACAUUUACUAUGAAGGAAAAUAGAUUGGGGCCCAACCCCUAACCUAGACACUCUCUCUGGUAUCUCUGAAACUCCGACUAUCCUGUUGCACUGGAUCUACGAGUUAAAGGCAUCAUCUGUAACUUCGAUCACCGUUAAAAAGUGCACCCUGACACUUUUCUGAAGGUGACAAUCUGGUAUGCAAACCACAAGUAUGACAACCAAAAACGAAGAGGAACAGGAACACACUGAUGUUAUGUUUUAAGUUAAUUAUGUUUGUAUUUCAUGUUUUUGCCACAGGGAAAAGAGAAUUUAUGGAGUGUGUCCUUAAAGUGGGCCUCCUUUAACAAAUACUGUUCCAAGGCCGGAGACAGGCCAUAUAGUGUAAAGUUCUUAUUUAUUUCAUGACAUACCUCACUGUGUAUUUUUUCCCUAAAGCUUUUUUCUCUCCAUUUGUUGAUUUUGUAUUAAUAGUUUUAGAGAGGAUAGUUGAUGGAGAAUUGUGUUACGGUUAGCACUGGAUGAUAAUGAUGAAGGAUGCCUUGUAUCAUUGUGUUGUUGUUUUGUUUUGAUUGAUUUGCUUUUGUUAUUGAAUCUAUUAAAGAAUGUGUCUCUUGGUGACUGGGGUGAGUUGGUGACUGAACCAUGUGGCUGUGGUAGAUGAGGAUCAGAGUGAGUUGGCCAUGGUUUCGGUUGAACACUCCAACACCCACCCCUCUCUCUGCUGAGACAGCAUGGUUUUAUGAGGCUUCCUGUAAUGGUCUGUCACACCACUACGCAGGCAAGAAAGCCCCUCUUGAAACCCUGACUAAUACAACCAAGCAAUAUACAACCAAUAAACAACCAAAUGUACAAACAAUAUACAUACUGUAUACAGAGAGCGCCAAAAGUAUUGGGACAGUGACACAUUUUUUGUUGUUUGGGCUCUGUACUCCAGCACUUUGGAUUUGAAAUGGUACAAUGACUGCAAGGUUAAAGUGCAGACUGUCCGUUUUAAUUUGAGGGUAUUUUCAUCAAUAUCGGGUGAACCGUUUAGAAAUUACAGCACUUUUUGAACAUAGGACCCACAUUUUAGUGGACCAAAAGUAUUGGGACAAAUUCACUUAUAUGUGUAUUAAAGUAAUCAAAAGUUGAGUAUUUGGUCCCAUAUUCCUAGCAGCUCUACAAACUUGUUGGAUGCAUUUGCUGUUUGUCUUGGUUGUGUUUCAGAUAUUUUUGUGCCCAACAGAAAUUAACGGUAAAUAAUGUAUUGUAUCAUGUUGGAGUCACUUUUAUUGUAAAUAAGAAUAGAAUAUGUUUCUAAACACUUCAACAUUAAUGUAGAUGCUACCAUGAUUACGGAUAAUACUUAAUUAAUCGUGAAUAAUGAUGUUACAGAUGCACAAAUAUCAUACCCCCAAGACAUGCUAACCCUAUUACAAUAAUAGGGGAUGUUUGCAUUUGGGGGGGGUAUAAUUUUUGUGUCUGUAACUUUCUCACAUCAUUAUUCACGAUUCAUUCAGAUUAGCCGUAAUCAUCGUAGCAUGCACAUGAACGUAAAAGUGUUUAGAAAUAUAUUCUGUUCUUAUAGUGAUUGUAUCAUUUCAAAUCCAAAGUGCUGGAGUACAGAGCCAAAAUAACAAAAAACGUGUCACUGUCCCAAUACUUUUGGAGCUCACUGUAGCUUGUCAGAACCACCCUAUCGGCAGUGGUUGGUUGGCUGAGAUUACUUCUCCAAUCAUGUGGGGGAGUUUUAGAAUAGAUGGUCAGUAUUUAGGAUAUUGAUGUAGAUACCAUUUACUUCCAUUUUUAACCUCCCCCAAUUGAAUGCAUGAAAUAUACAAGCAAAAAUGUAUUUACAUUCGAGUUAUUUAGUUAUGCAGAGCUACAAUAAGAGCAUUACCUACCUCAACUAAGUUUGGUAAGACAAUGAUAUAUGACUACUAAGGACUGAUAUAAGCCUGGGAAUAAAACACAGGUCCUCCCAUCUAAGUUACAGCAUAUUAAGACACAUUAACCAGAAAAUAAUUCACUUCCAGCAGGACUGUGAACUAUCUCUCUCUGUCGCAAGCACGCACGCACGCACGCACGCACGCACGCACGCACGCACGCACGCACGCACGCACACACACACACACACACACACACACACACACACACACACACACACACACACACACACACACUUGUACCUGCAUGGUAUGAGGACAAUGAGAUAUGUCAUUACUGAUGGUAUGUGACCCAUUUGAGUCAGACUUGGUUUGGAAAACAGAGUAGAUGAAGGUUUAACAAAUGUGAAGCCUUGGGUCUGGCGGCUCACAUCCAACUUAUUCUCCAUGAAAGAGGAUGGCUUUGUCAUUACGUGUUGAUUACUGCUCUAUGUAGGUCACUCAUAUUGUAUUAAUGCUCUAACAUUUGCUAUGUUUGAUCUUUCGUUCCAUAGAUAUGGUAUGAAAGAAUGACCCAUAGUGUUUUAUUGCCAGGGCAUUUUAUUUCUUUAUCUUAUGACAUAUAGUUCAAUGAAAGUAGGCUAAUUGCACUGGUCAACUUUGGGCUGCUACAUCAUUCAUUGAGUGAUUUCUUUAAUGUGCAAAAAUAAUAAUUUGGGACUAAAGUCUUUAGAAAUAUCUAAAUUGUGUUUUAUUUUUUAUUACAUUUAUUUAACCUUUAUUUUAGCAGAGAGUCCCAUUGAGACCAAGGUCUCUUUUUCAAGGGAGCCCUGCAUGAACACAAUUGAUACAGUGUACAAAAUUCAAGCAUACAAUGUAAU